GAACGAAAGAAGAGAUGAAGAUGAUGGUUCUGAACCAAGCUGUUUAUAAAUGGAGAUGAUGAUGUUAACUGGAACAGAGGCAGCAGUAAUUGAUGAUCUAACAGACAUUGACAUCAGGCAACCAAUCCUAGUCUGCGUGUGGGAGAUAGAAGCGGCCUGGUUAUGAGAAUGUUGGAGCAAUCAAUUGCUUUGGUUAGGGCCAGAGCAAUCAUGUCAUUCAUCCUCAAUCUUGAUUCUGACCACUACAUAAUCUACAACUCCAUGGCUCUGAGGGAAGGUGGUAGUGAUGGAAUCUUAA